AUGGUCAAUCAAUCUGAAUCCAAAGUUUGUGAUAAUGCAAUUCCACCUCCAAAAAUUGAAAUCAAGAGGGGGCAUGAGGAUGAAGAUCAGAAUGAAGUGGUUGCAAAGAAGCAGAAAAUAGACGAGGUGGUUGUAAAUCAAGAGGUUAAGGAGGAAAAUAAUUCAGACUAUUCUGAACAUGACAAGAAACUUGAAGCUAAAAAUGAAUCUGAUGCUCGUUGUGGAUCUUUGAAAUCAUCAGAUGAUGGUGUCUCAGAUCCUGACUCUCACGGAAGCUCUGACGAGGAUAAGCCUGAAGAUUUGGAGAGUCAUGAGAACAAUGAGGAAGAAAUAGAGGGAAAAGUCUCCAAAACAGCUCAGGAAAGGCACGAUACUCCAGUCAGUCUAAACGAAAAAUAUGCUGCUCCGAAGACAAUAUUUGUUAAAAACUUGUCAUAUAGUGUGGAGCGGCCUGAUAUGGAAGAUAUUUUCAAAGAUUGUGGUGAAGUUGUUGAUGUUCGAUUCAACACAGAUAGUGAAGGGAGGUUUAAAGGCCAUGGAUAUGUCGAGUUUGGAACAGCAGAAGCAGCAAAAAAAGCCCUGGAACUGAAUAAUACAGAGCUAUUGUAUCGCCGCAUCAAAAUUGAGAUAGCUCGAGAAAAGGGUGAAUAUCCCCCAUAUAGAAGCUCAUUCCAUACGGGUGGAGAUCUUCAGUCUCACACUGUAAAUGUAAAGGGCUUUGACGCAUCUCUUGUAGAAAGCAAGCCUAAAAGCCCAGCUACAACAAAUGAAACAAAUGGUGCAUCUAAGACCAUAUAUGUCAGAAACUUGUCAUACAUCGUGGAACGAGCUGAUAUGGAAGAAAUUUUCAAAGAUUGUGGAGAAAUUGUUGAUGUUCGUCUCCAUACAGACCGCGACGGGAAUUUUAAAGGCCAUGGACAUGUUCAGUUUGCAACAGCAGAAGCAGCACAAAAGGCUCUUGCGUUCAACAAGAAAGUAUAUUUUAACCGUCUCAUGUUUGUUGGUUUAGCUUUGGAAAGGGGUAAAUAUGCCUCCAAUGGAAGCAGCUGGUCCUGGAGCAACUCAUUGCAUAAGGAUGAAAAAUUACAGUCUCAAACUGUACCUGUGAAGUGCUCUGAUACAUCUCUUGCGGACGGCAAGUUGAGUUGUGCAAAGGAGGUUAAGGAUGUAGAGAUGUUUGAUGCUGCCUCUGCUGAGAAACAAAUUCCUGAAACCUCAGCUACACGAAAAGAGGAAAAUGCUGCAUCCAAAACAGUAUGUGUUAGAAACUUGUCAUUCGAUGUGGAACGGGCUGAAAUUGAAAAUAUUUUCAAAGAUUGUGGAGAAGUUGCUGACGUCCGUCUCCAUGUGGAUGUCGAGUUUGCAACCGCAGAAGCAGCAGAAAAGGCUCUUGCGUUGGAUUACACAAGAUUGACGAACCAUCCCAUCAAAGUUGGUAUGGCUCCAGAAGAGGGUGAAUGUUUCCCCAAUAGAAGCAGCGUGAGCAUUCCAUUCUCGAAGUGCGAAACUUUGCAGCCUCUAACUGUAUUUGUGAUCGGAUUUGAUACUUCCCUUCCCGAAGAAAAGAUAAAAGCUAGCCUGAAGAAUCAUUUCAGUCCUUGUGGAGAGAUUACGAGGAUCUCAUUACCGAGAUUUCAUGAUUCUUGUAAUAUUAAGGGGUUUGCUCAUUUGGACUUCAAGGAUAUUGAAGGCUAUAAGAAGGCACUACUACUUGAUCAAACUGCAUUUGGAGAAUUUUGGUUGUCAGUUGAAAAAGCAAAACCAAAGCAAAGACGUGAUAAUCAUCAGGGUAUAGGUGGUAGCAGAGAUGGUUAUCACGGUGGUGGAAGGGAUGGCAGAGACUAUGGGGGUGGGUCGGGUUGGGGGAGAAGUCAUGGUGCUGGGAGACACUAUUAG